AUGAGUGAGAACCAUCAAGAGUAUUGGGAUUAUGAGAGGGUAUUGAAUGAUCGGUUGAAUGAAACUCAAGGAUAUGCCCUUAAAAUGUUCAAGAAUGAAACCAUGGAAGGAAUGGUUGCCUAUCAGUAUAUGAAUUUAUUUCACACAGAACCAAAGGCCAUGUUCUUUUCUGCUUGGUCUAAGGCAGUGAAUGUUACAGGUGUGGGGGAUGAUGGUUACAGUUUCUAUAUUGAUGUGACCUAUACGGAUUGGAAAUCAUUGUGGGGUCAGCAAGUUCACUUCUCUGUUGGAAGUCAUGAUUGGGAAUAUAAGUAUGGUGUGAUAUUUCCAGAGAAACCCAUUCUAUUCUUAACUAUUUAUUGUAUAUUUAGGUGGGGUCAUACUGGAACUGUCUAUUUUGAUGAUAUCUUUGUUGGUGAGCUCAAGACUAAUUUGGUUACUAAAUUUGAUAAAUCUUUCACUGUGGCAAGAGUUCCAGAAUCGUUACCACCAAUAGAUUUAAGCAAACGGAUUAGAAAGAUUGAGAGUGGGAAUGGAUUGGCUCUUUCAUUCGAUUCUGAAUAUGGAAGUAUUAUUGGAACAAGUAUUAAUGGGACUGAAUUGUCACCACUUUCGGAUUUCUAUGUUGGUGGAGUGUUUGUGAAAGAUUUCAAUAGUCAGCAAUCAAAUAAUGCUUCUUUCAUUUUAAUGACUGGUUCAGUUUUGAAUAAUUCAGAUUCGUCAACACUUGAGGUGAAUUCAAGAAAUAGUGAACUGAUGUUAUCAACAAAAACCACAUACAGGGCAACAAAUCUUUCCAUUGAUAUUGAGUGUAUUAUUGAGAAUAUUGAUUCACAACAAUCAGAAAGAGCUUUGACUGUUUAUAUUGGCAUUCCAAUCUCUGAUUUUUCCAUGAAUUGGUUAUGGGGAGAUUUUAUUAGAAUGUCAAGAUCUGUAAAAGAAACAAGCUCUGAAUUUUCCUCUUUGACAACCUUUGGAAAUCUUGGAUCCAAUAAUGGUCUUAUUGGUUUGUAUCCUUUAGCAGCUUUGGCUACUCGAAUGGUUAACUCUUCAAAUGUUGGAAUAGGAAUUGGAGUGCCAGCAGACAAGCCAAGAAUAUUCAGAUUGGCAUUCAAUCCUGGCACUAGAUUAUUAUAUGUGGCAUUUGACAUUGGGUUAAGUGCUCUUCAAACUCUAUCGCCUAAUAAGGCAACUGUUCAGUUGAGUUUAUUUAAAUUGUCAAAAACUGAGGAUUCAUUUGGAAAACCAUUGGCUUAUCCUUUCAGAUCAGCCAUUGAUGAUUACUCCUUGAUAUUCCCAGAUUACUUUAAAGUAAGAAUUCCAAAUUCACAACAAGGAUUAUGGGUAGCUUUCAGUGAUUUAACACAAAUUGAAAAGAUAGAAGAUUUUGGAAUUGGUGUUCAUCAAAUUGGAGAUUCAGAUAGAGAUAUUCCAUUUGGAGCGCAACACAAUAUUAGAACCUUCAGAUAUUUGACAGAAUCUUCAUCUGCUUAUAUUCAUCUUCAAAGAUUUUCACCUCAAACAGAUCCUUCCAAUUACACGCAAGUAAUUCAGGCAACAAUUGAUUGUGGAAAUAAUUCAGCACUCAUUGAAUACGAUAGAGUUCAGUGUCAGACAGCGCUAGUGAGUGGAAUUAAGAACAAGAAUGGGUUUUACAAUUAUCAGGAUGUUGACUAUCCGUGGUGUACAAAACCUUGUGCUGUCUUCAUUGUAAACUCACAGCCAGGAAUUAGAGCCAAGCCACCAAUUCCAUUGAAUUAUCUGAGUAAGGAAGAAUCUGAAUGGAAUGAGGAUGCAAGGAAUAUCUACCUCAAUCCUCAACAUAAGUUUCAUAAUUUGAGUGGAGAAUUCUUUGAUUCAUGGGGUAGUAAUGGCUACGAAUUGGAUUUCAGUCAAGAUCACUUGUCAGUCCUCAAUCAAUCACAUCUGUGCUUCACAUAUUACAACUCUAGAGUAGGAAUGGUUGAAUGGUUCUCUUCCAUAGAUUAUGUAGAUAUGAUCACCAAAUUCUUGCAUGAACAUGGUGGAUUGGGAAUGAGUAAUGGAGUUCUUUCUGAAUACUUUUUCGGAUUUAACAUGAUUGACAAUUUGGGAACAGAAGUAGUUUGGAUUAAUUAUAAUAAUGCUAAGUAUGCACCUUAUUCUGAAGCCAAGUUGAGUUUUAUACGAACUUUGGCCUAUAAGAAACCAUAUAGUACUAUCCUUAAUGUGAAAUUCUCAAUGAUUAAUUUGGAAUUUGUGGAAACAUAUUUCAGACAUUGUGCAUUCUAUGCCAUUUAUCCAUCAUUCUUCUCUGCAGAUGCCAUGAAUUCAAGAUAUUGGGAUAAUCCAUUGUUGUAUAACCCACACAGAGAGCUCUUUAAAAAGUACAUUCCUCUCAUUAAGAAACUAAACGAAAAUGGAUGGGAACCAGAUAAUGGAGUUAGAAUUUACGUGGAAAAUGUAGACGUUGAUGGACCAGUGGUUUCUGAAUCGACACCAAGUGUUAUAGUUGAGAGAUAUUCAACAUGGCCCCAAACUCUACUUCUCACUUCAUUCUUUAGUCUUUCCUUAACUGGAAAUAGUAAUGUGAGUAUUGAGAUUGAUACUAGAAGAGUGCUGAGGGAAGAUAUUCCAUUAUCGAGUGUGAAUUGCACUGGAUUAGAAGCAAAUAUGGUAUUUGACAAUAUUACCUUUCCUGUCUUGGUUCACAAUUCAACAACCAAUUGUUCAGUUUUGAGAUUGGGCAUUCCAAUGGAAAAGGUAAUGAAAGCACAGCCAACAACUCAACCAAUGUGCCAACGCCAUCUCCAACACAUUCCAGUUACCCUGUCAACAAGCCAAUACCUUCACCAAUUAAGUCCUCACACUUGGGAAACUUGA